AGGAUGAAGCUCAACAAUAUUUUGCCAGCUUUAAUGCUGUUGGCAAUUGUUUAUGCUGUAACCAUUACUGAAGAUACUAUUGAAAGGGGUACAAUUAAUUUAGAUGUUGGAGAUCUUGUUGUUGCACCAGGUGUUUAUUACUCCAUUAUCAACAACGCUUUGACAACCAUCGUUGGUUCUCUUAAUGUUGGAGCUGGGAGUGGUUUCUACGUUAGUUCUACAACCAGCUUAAUCGGUUUGACUAUUGCUCUUGCCGGUGUUAUUAAUAACAUUCGGAAUGACGGUACCAUUGCAUUUAACUCUUUGAGAUCAUUGACUGCUCCUACUUAUCAAUUAGCUGGUGCAUCCUUCGUCAAUAAUGGUCAAAUGUACUUGGGUGGUGACGGUUCUAACGCAACUCCAGUUAUGUCUAUCACCUCUCUUCUGUGGACCAACAACGGUUUCUUGAGUUUCUAUCAAAACACCAGAUCUGGAGGUGUUGUCACUCUUGGUGCUGUGCUCCCAAUUACCAAUGCUGGUCAAAUUUGUCUUUUCAAAGAGGCAUACGUUCAAACAACUGCCAUUAACGGUGCUGGUUGUAUUACAGUUGGGGAAGAUUCAACUGUCUGGAUUCAAAACUCCCUCUUAGCUGUUUCUGAAGACCAAACCAUUUACUUGGAAUCUCCAUCAUCAGCCAUCAGAGUUGAAGCUUUGAGUUUGUCACAAACUUUUGAAGUUGCUGGAUAUGGUAACGGAAACCUCAUUGGAUUGAGUUUACCACUCAACCUUGAUACUAUUCUUCUUGACCCAUUCCGUUACGAUGCAAGAACUGGUGUUUUGACUCUUAUUAGUGGUAUUUUCACCCAAAACUUCCAGAUUGGUACCGGCUACACCCCUAGCUUGUUUGAAGUUGUCAACGCCAACUAUGGAGGUCUUAUUACUACUGUUCUUCGUGGUGGUGUUGUCUACAACGGCCCUAUUCCUGCAGGUUCCACACCAGCAGCCAACUGUCGUGACUGUCAACCAUUCCCAGACGCACCA